AUGACAGAAUAUUGGUUAAUAUCUGCACCAGGAGAUAAAACAUGUCAACAGACAUGGGAAACCAUGAAUAAUUUGACAUCAAAACAACACUCUUUAUCUGUCAACUAUAAAUUUCAUAUCCCAGACUUAAAGGUGGGAACAUUGGACCAACUGGUUGGUUUAUCAGAUGAUCUAGGAAAACUCGAUGCUUAUGUUGAACAAGUAACACGUAAGGUGGCAACAUAUCUGGGAGAAGUUUUAGAAGAUCAGAGAGAUAAGCUCCAUGAAAAUCUUUUGGCUAACAAUAGUCAAACGUCAGUGGAUGGGGAGAGCUCGAGCCCCGAAGGGGGUCCGGACACCCCGCCAAACACCCCCGUCACCCCAUCACACAAGUCUUCAAAGGAGCAUCACAAGCAGUGGAAGGAAUCGGAGAAAUGUGAUCCAGAAGCAGCCGCCUGUUUAGGUCAGCAUCAUCACCAGCGUCAUCAUCACGAGCAUCAUCAUAGUCAUAAACAUCAUAAUCAUUCUUCUGAUAUGGAAAAGAAAUCACAUAGUCCUCAAGGCAUCUGUGAUGUCAAAUCAUCAAGUGAUCCUUUAUCAGCAUAUUCAUGCUACCAUGCGCAUUGGUGCGCUGCUUCUACCUCUUCCACACCUAUUCCUAGCCCUACUCCCACGAGUCCAAGUCUUUCCCUUUCAUCAAACUGUAGCAGUGAAGGAGAGACCAGAUGGCAGUCGGCAACACGUCAUCGAACUACUGAGAAAGCAGAUCGAUCUACCUCCAAUCGCAAAUCGCUUGGCAAUGACGACGACGAAGACGAUGCGGACCAAAACAACGACCAAGACCAAGACCAAGACCAAGACCAUAGCGGCAAUUUGCCCAAUCCAGGUACCCGUCCUAUCACCGCCAGAUCAACCCGUCGACCCUUUUUCCCCAACAUAGCUGCGAGACUUGUUCAAACCUACUUUUCCUGUGCACCUCGUGAUUCGCCCGUUUUAGCGACCGAUUCUUGUCUUGUCUUAUCUCCUUUGGAGGUAGAUAUAGGAGAGAAAGAAAGUGAGAGAAAGAGAGAAAGAAAGAGAGAGAGGUUGUCAUCUCAUAGUAUUGAAAGUGAUCUACCAUCAUAUAUAACUCGAUUCCAGUGGGAUAUGGCAAAAUAUCCUAUCAAGCAAUCAUUGAGAAACAUUGCUGACAUUAUCAGUAAACAAGUGGGUCAAAUUGAUGCAGAUCUUAAAACUAAAUCUACAACAUAUAAUAAUUUGAAAGGAAGUUUACAAAAUCUUGAAAAAAAACAAACAGGAAGCUUAUUAACAAGAAAUUUGGCAGAUUUAGUGAAGAAAGAACACUUUAUUUUGGAUAGCGAGUAUUUGACUACUUUACUUGUAAUUGUCCCAAGAGCGUAUUUCCAGGAGUGGUACAGUGGAUACGAAAAAUUAACAAAAAUGAUAGUUCCACGUACCACACAACUUAUUGCUCAAGAUUCUGAGUAUGGAUUAUUUACUGUUACUUUGUUUAAAAAAGUUAUUGAUGAAUUUAAAUUACAUGCACGUGAAAAAAAAUUCAUUGUUCGUGAUUUUACAUAUAAUGAAGAAGAACUAGCCGCAGGAAAAAAUGAGAUAACAAAAUUGGUAACUGAUAAAAAGAAACAAUUUGGACCUCUUGUACGUUGGUUAAAAGUUAACUUUAGUGAGUGUUUCUGUGCAUGGAUUCAUGUUAAAGCUUUACGCGUAUUUGUAGAAUCUGUUCUAAGGUAUGGGUUACCUGUAAAUUUCCAAGCGAUAUUGUUACAUCCUCAUAAAAGAUGUGCAAGACGACUACGUGAUGUCCUGAAUCAGCAUUAUGCUCAUUUAGAUUCCUCUGCUACGGCAUCAUCUGCUACGCAGGGAAAUCAAGAUGUAAGUUGUAAUGUUUAGACAAUAAAUUAUUUUAAAGCAAUUUAAUUUCUACAUAAAGAAUUUUGUGAUAUAUUACUUAAUAUUCUUUUUAUAUCUGUUUAUUUAAACAGAAUGUGGAUAUACCAGGAUUAGGUUUUGGCCAAAAUGAUUAUUUCCCUUACGUGUAUUAUAAAAUCAACGUAGAUAUGGUUGAUAGUAAAGUCUAAUUAUUGAAGCUGAGUCUAUUUUCUUAUAUUUUAAAUAUCCUUCAUUUACAUAAAACAUACUUCUAUAACUCCAGGUACUUAAAACAGGUGCGUACAAAGUAAUACUGUGUAUUUACAUAAAUUUUGUUUUGGAUUUUCUAAAACUUUGUUGAUUUUGAUUUUUGAUGUAAACAUAAUUAUCGUCGAUUCACUUCCAGGAGUAAACCAAAUAUUUACUCAAAAAUGAUAUUUUUAUAGUACAUCAAAAUACCUGGAAAGAUGUAUGUACUUUGAUAUUAGUUCAAUAUUAACUAUGCAUAAUAGAAUGUACAAUGAUUUGUAUAAAUUUUAACAGAUACAUUUGAAUACAUGUUGCAAAUUUUCUUUUCUUUUUAAACAGGCUAUAUUUGAUUGAACAAGAGACAAAUCAGACUCAUAAAAUAAUUAUUUCUUUAAAAUUACAGCUUUAA